UCUAAACCUCGUCAGGUCAUACUGCAUCUACAUGCUAGUGAUAGGCUACAGAUGGAAAGUGUUUACCAGAAUAAUGUGUUAACAUAUUUGUUAAUUAUCCCACCAGUUUAACAUAUCAAUACUAGAUGUCAGAUGUGGUUUUGAUCUGCCAAAUUACAAGACCCAAGAGCCAGACCUUUCUGGAGUCAUGACAUAGCUGUCCACUCCUUGUGAGGGCACAAAAACUGUCAGCAUUCUUCUAAUUAUUUGUGCUUUUUCUUGGUCUACUAUGAGUUGGUUCUUUAGUGAUGAGUUCAGAUACAGGCACAGGUCGAAGCUUGGCUCCCUGUUCGGUGCUGACCAGGCAAGUGCUAGGGCCGGUAACGAGUCCCUGACGUACACUGCACCGAAGGAACCCAAGAAGGCACAGCCAGGGAAGGCAGAAAGUGGCAGUGCUCCAGCUCUACUGUUUGCAUGCGCUGUACAUGCUUACAAAUAUGUGGACAAUCAGUAUGUCAAGCAGGGGAAGCUGGGUGCGGCCAUUCUUGGUAGCCAUAGCAACAGUGAUUACAAGAUCCUGUUGUACGUGAGUAAGGAUAGACCUGUCACCACUGCCAAGGUCACAAGGACCUUCAGCUUUACUGUACAAGCCAACAACUAUGCCUCCUUCUAUGAUGACCAGAGACAGACCUGGUCUAUUAUGUUUGAAUCAGAGUCCAAUGCUGUGGACUUUGCAAAACAUAUUGGAAUGUCCCGAGCCAACAGUGGUGCAAUAGAUGGAAUAGUCCAUCAGGACCUAGUCUUAGGGGAGGGCCAGGCUGUCGAUGUGGGAGACUCCAUGGAAAUGAAAUACACUGGAUGGCUUUUGAGCAACAACACCUUUGGUCAGGUUUUUGACAGUAAUAUGAGCACAGACAAGGCCUUCAGGUUCAAAAUUGGAAAGGGAAAAGUCAUUAAGGGGUGGGAAGAGGGAACAGUGGGGAUGAAGAAAUCAGGGAAGAGGCUCCUGGUUAUUCCCCCCAACCUGGCCUACGGUGCCAAAGGUGUGCCUAACAGGGUACCUGCCAACGCUACACUCGUCUUUGAAGUCCACGCCAUGAAGGUUAAGUUCAACAAAGAAGACACCAGGUCCACAUCAUCUCGAGACUCCCCUGCCCCAAGAGUGGACUCUCCCGUUGUGGAGGCCCAACCCCCACCAGCACAGGCAGCACCCCAGGCUACAGUUGAUGACACCAGUGUUAAGGCCAGGACAUCCUCCAUCAGUGAGCAGCUGGGCCACCCCUCCAGCAGCAAGGCUAAACUCAUCUCUCGCAUGGCCAAGAUGGGUCAGGCCAUCAUCCCAUCAUCAGGGCCAGGGGAGGGGGAGGGAGAUGUGGAACCUGAGCUGGAGGAACAGCCACAGGUGGUGAAACCGGUACCUCAGCAGGCAGCACCUGUCCAGCCGGUCGCCCAGCCGCCCCAGCAGGUGGCCCCUCCGCAGCAAGCACCACCACAGGUGCAGCAGCCGGGCAUUCAAGGUUUUGCCCCACCUGGCAUGCCUCAGCAGCAGGUGGCCAUGUUCCAGCCACAGAUGCAGCAGCCGCAGCCAUUCCAGUAUCACGUUGCUCCUCCCUACCAGUACCCACAAACCUCUGCUCCCUCUGCCACACCCUACAACUACCAGCAGCCCGGCCAGGCCCCACCCCCACAGUACAACACCAUGUACCCUGGACAACAACAGUUCCCCGGGCAACAGUUUCCAGGGCAACAGCAGCCGUUUCCAGGGCAACCGGGAAAUGACAUGCACACCAACAUGCUGGUGUCGGAGACACGGCAGCAGAACACAGAGAUGAGGAUUGCCAUUGGGAAAGUAACGGACAAAGUGGAACAGAUUCUCUCCAAGGUUGACAACCUGCAGCUCCAUGGCAUGGGUAACAGCCUGGUCCCACAGGGUCCACAGGGCUACAUGGAGGCCUCAGUCCUCAUGCAAAACAUCCAGAGAAUUCUACAGGAAAAUGAGAGGUUGAAAAAGGAAGUGUUUGAAAAGAGUUCCAGAGUGGAAUCUCAAAAUGAGAAGAUUGCUGAGCUGCUACAGAGGAAUCAAAAGUUUAUAGAACAAAGCAACACAAUGUUGGAGCAGAGAAAUGACACCUUCAAGAACACAGCUGCCCAGUCUCAGGCCAGGGUGCUGGAACUGGAACAGGAGAAGGUGCAGAUGGCCAAUGAGCUUAGCAUCACCACAGCGCAGCUGAGCCGACUGCAGCUGGAGAUUGCAGGACUGAGGAAACAGGAGGGGGAUCUGACCUCACAGCUCAACAACGCUGCACAGGAGGCGCAGAAAAACCUGUCAGAACUCAACACACUGAGACAGGCAAAAACAGAAACAGACUCCAAACUGUCGGAGCUGCAGCAGACCAUGAAGACUGAGAAGGUGAGUAAGAAGCAGCAGGACAACAGGAUGGGGGAGAUGGAGGAUGAGCUGACAGAACUCAGGGCUGAGAAGGAAGGGCUAGAAAAGAGUGGAGAAGGGGAGACUCUGUCAGAAAGGAAGACCAAGGCAACAGCAGACAGGAGAAAGCUAGAGGAUGAAAUGGAGGAAAUCAAGAGGCAACAUGAGGAGGAAGUUGAAGACUUGAGGUCCAAGUUGAGAAAACAGAGGGCUUCAACUGAUGCUGUGACUGCAGAACAGGUGGCUGCAGUAGAGCAGGAGAUCGAGACCCAGUGGAAGGACAAGUGUGACCGUCUGGUGGCACAGACACAGGACAAACACAGGAGACAGAUGGAGGAGCUACAGGAGGAGAAGGAACAGGUCAACAACAAACUCUCCAACAUGGAGGCCAAGUUGGCAGCGAUGAAGAACUCCCAUGGGGAGGAUAACCAGAAGGUAGAAGAGCUUGAAGAGAAGCUGGAAGAAAUGGCAGAGUGGAAGGAGAAGUACACCAGUCUGCAUGGCAGUGCAGUCAGUAUGAAGGAGCGAUACGAGGAACAGAUAACUGGACUUAGGGAGCAGCUGGAGCAUGCCCAGAAUCAGCCUUCUACUGGUGCCAUGGCAACAGGGACCACACCCAAUAUUGCAGAAGAAGUGAAGAAGAUCAUGAACCAGGUGUUCCACUCCCUGCGAGCGGAGUUUGAGCCGGAGGAGUCGUACGCAGGGAAGGCUGUCCUGGCAGCCAUCGUUAAUGCCAUCAAAACAACCACCAUGCAGCUGCUAUCCCAGCAGGCUCCACAGCAGGGGAAACAGGAGGAAGAGUCAGGGAGUGAGGAGGACAGUGAGGAGGAGGAGGAGGAAGAGGAUGAAGAAGAAGAAGAGGGAGAGGAAGACGAGGAGGAGAAACAAGAAGAAGUAAAAGAGCAACAGAAUGAAGCAGAGGCAGCACAAGAAGAAGAAGCUCAGUCUGUAGAGUCUACGGAACCUCCUGCACAAGUUCCCAAUGGGGGCACAGAAGAACAAAACAGCUCAGAGACAAGCAAAACUGAAAACCCUCCAGGUCCUGACUCUGUGACACCAGCAUCUGUAGAGGAACAGAGCACAGAGGAUUCUGGGAAACAGGGCACAGAGGAUUCUGGGACUCCAUCAGCAACCAUGGAACAAGCAGAAGAGGAUACAAAGGAGGCAGAACAGCCAGUGACCAAUGAUGAAGUUAGUGAAGAAACUGUAGAAAACCAGACAGACAAUAACAGGACUGAGCAAGCUUCUGAGGAAGCCCAGAGUGUUGAGAAUAAUGUGACUGUUGAGAAAAAAGAAGAAGUUCAUGAAACUGUCACUGUGAACCAAUCAGAUCAAGCGAACCAUAUUCAGCAGGAGGAGAAUGUGGAGAAGCCAGCUGCUGAGGAGAAGAAACCAGAUGUAAGCAAUAUCUUUGGAGAUGAUGACAUCCUGGAUGAUGGUAUGGCCGAUACGUUUGGUGUCCAGCCCAAAAAUGAGGAGUCAGAGGACAAGGAGAAAGACAAGACAAAACAAGCAACACUUGAUGAUGCUGAUGAUCCAUUCAAACCAGGACCACCGCCUCCCCUUUUCCCUGACGAGGAUGAUGAUGAUGAUUUGGACUGGCUAAGCUGAUCACAAUGCUUGGACCAGGGGGAUUUCUUCUUUCUGUUCAUUAGUGUUUUUAGCCUUUUUUUCGCCAUACUAAAUUGUAAAGCAUAAUCUUUUAUUAUCAUUUGCUGCUACAGUACUGUAGAUGUUUGUAGACAAUCAAUGAUUCAGUUAAAAUCUAAAAGUAUCACAACUUUGUAACCAUCCUUUCAUAUUUUUCCUUGAACAGCAGGUUGUAUUUAGGAUGCCUCAAAAUCACAAUUUAUUGCUGUAGCAUACAGACUUGUUACCCAUAUAUUUGCAAAAGAGAAGUUGGUAAAGGAUUCCAUGACUGACUACAUAUUGAUUCAUAUACUAAAACAGAUACUUUGUAAAAUAGCCAAAUAUAUUGAAUAUGAGGAAUUUGAAAAGAUAAUAGGUUUGCAAAAGUUACGCUGAGCUAAGACAGAUCCGACACAAAAGCUCUUUGCAAAGAUUGAUGUCAUUUGCACAGUAGUUAGUCUGUGCCAAAUUAUUGUUCUACCCUUUAUAAAGCAAGUAUAGAGAUACCAUUACUGAAAUGUAAAUUUGUACCUUAUCAUCAUAAGAAGUGCAUUACCCAUAUUAUUGAUUACUAUUGAAACUCAUCACCGAAUCGAAUAUAUGUAUAUCCCAGACGUUUGUUCUGUUAACCAAAUAAUGGCCUUUAAAGUAAAUAUCCAUUGUUGCCUUAAUUUGGCAUUCAUGAUUUAACAUGAGAUGAGAAUGAUGAUUAUUUUUGCUGCCAAGUACAUGUACUAUGUACAUUUUGUAGGAGUAAAAAUUGCCUGCUGUUUGAUUAACUGAAGAUUGAAAUGAAGAUUGAAUGACAGAUAUAUGAUGUUUGCUUGAUAAAUGAAGAUAUUUCAGCCAGCACAUGAAGUACUGGCCACUUAUGCAUUCCACUCAAUUAGUCAUUAAAGAAUAUAUUAUCUCAAA